AUGAACAUAUUAGCCUUUGGCACAAUUGUCCUCCUAGUAGUACUCCUAGUGCUACUCCAUGAAAAUUUCGUAAAGGCUGACUAUGACAUAAAAACGAAAAAAUUAAUGUUCCUUUCUGAAACGGCGCAAUGCAAGAGGGAAAUUAGCUUUUAUGAAAAAAACAAUUCAUUCUUCAUAGGAAAUAAUGAUAACAUAUAUUUGGAAGCACGAAAUAAGAAAACAACUAUAAACAGUUUAAAUGUGUAUGGCACUGUACACACAAAUGAGUAUUCAGCUUUUCAAAAGGAGAAACAGUGGACGUUGUACCAUCUAGAUACAUUCGACAAGAAAGAAAACUCAUGGACACCCUCGGACAUCAGCGCGUGUGGGAAUUCUCCUGACACGUUUCUUGGAGGUCCAUGCAUAUUCGGUGCUGUCGAGGCCUAUACAACAAUUAAAGACAUACCAAAGCAUAAUGAAUUGAAAAUUAAAUUAAGAGUUCAUUUUUUCGACGCAUGGGAGGGAAAUUCGUUAUUUUUGCAAGCUGAUAAGAAAAUUCUUUGGACAGAAGCGUACAAUUCUAUCCAUACGGAAAAGGGCAUUGGUGAUGGGAUAAACCUUUGUGGGAAGGAAACUUCCGAUCGACUUUCAGUCCCUGUGGACGUCGAAUUUCAGCACUCUUCAGACACUGUUAGUAUACUGAUAGGAAGCACUUUAAAAAAAAAGAACGACGCAUGCAUAACAUCUUGGGGAAUAGACGACUUGUUUGUAUAUUACAAAUAG